GUGUCUUAUUAGGUCCCGUGGAUGACGAGACGCCGAUCAUGGAGAAGAUGUACAUGGUGCAUGAAGAUGAUGAUAUCACACCAUGCUUGAUUGAAGAUGAACAUGGAGGCCACAUCGAGCCUACCUCUUCCACAACACCUACCUCAUAUGAGCGGGACUACAAAGGUACCUAUAUGGGUGUUGAUGAUGCCAUGAUCCCACUAGUGGACAUGAAGAUUGAUGAGUGCAUGCAUGAUCUUGAUGAUACAAAUGCUAUGUCAUAUGCUUCUUUCAUUUUCCCAUGUGAUGCUUUGCUUGAUACCAACAUUGUUGAUCAUGUGGACUUGAUUGCUUGUGAUAACAUGACCAUGCCAUGCUAUGAGUGUUUCGAUUUCUAUCCUAUUGCUUGCAAUAUGUCGAACAAUUUCUCUUUCCCAUGUAUUGCUUGCAAUGUUGAUAAUGAUGCUUGUGUUGUGACAACCUUGCCGAACAAUUGCUCUUUCCCUAGGUUUGUCGACAACAAUGAUCAAAUGUUGAACAUGUUUUGUGCUACAUGCUUGCAAUAUUCUCCCAUUAAUGCAACCAAAAUGAUGAACAAUUUCUCUUUCCAAUGCUUGGCUUGCAAUAGUGUUAAUAUGCUUGUGAAUGAGAUUGCCCCCAUAGCUCUAUCACAUUUUGGAGACUUUGCAUAUAUCCAUGUUGAUCAUGUUCCCAUGUUUACUCCGCAUAUUCACCAUAUCUAUUAUGAUGCUUUGCUUAACGCUAAUGGUGAUGUGCAAAAGAGAUGGACCAUCAUGAUGGAUGAUGUGUUCAUAUACCAUGCACACACGUUGUUCUUGUUGUCUAACAUGUGUGUAGGUACCCAAACUCCAAUGUCAACCUCGAUUGAGCACGAGUUGACAAAAAGAGCUCUUGAGAGCAUGAUACAAGUGAGCUCCAAUGAGUGGUUUUGCCCGCACACUUCAACUACACAAGAUCUCUCAAUGAGAGCACACCGACACUUUGAUAAGGGCUCUUGACAAGUGAAGGGACAUUCAAGCGUUGGUGUCAUCUACCUCCUCUACACAUUCAUGAAGACUCAUCGUCGAGGACGACUCUUUUUCAAGUGGGGGGAGAUGAUGUAGCCCGACCUACGGUCUUCGCUUCAUCAUGUGCUUCAACGACAAGAACCACACUCAAGGCCGAGGUCACGGAGGCAUGGAAGAGAAGAAGGAAGAAGAGCGCCCGAGGUCGCCAAGAAGAGACGGCGCAUGAAGCACGACUGCUCGGAUUAUCCGCCCCACUAAGGCCGGACAAUCCGCCCCCCUAUGUGUCCAAGUCAAUUAGGGCCAAGUCCCAUGUACCCCCCUUGUAUGCCUAAACUACCCCUCCUUAGUGGCUCCCUAUAUAUAGGCUCCCACCUCCCCCUUCAUUAGGUUAGGAAUGAACUUGAGAGAAUUAGGCUCAUGCCUCCACCAUCCCUUUGGGAUUAGGGAAACCCCCUCCUUAGAUUUACCCAAAUCUAUUGUACAAGGCACUCCUUAUAUGAUUAGUCUCUCACACUCGUGAUUCAA